AUGUUAAAUCAAGCGGCUGUGGAAGCGUUGUAUUCAGCAACUUAUAUAGAAAAUUAUCUAGAUUGUGUGGAAAAUCUUCCUGAUGACUUGCAGCGUCAUAUAUCUAGAGUUCGUGAAUUAGAUGUUACAUAUCAAGGUCUAUUGAAAGAAGUUGAGCAACAGCAGGAAUCACUUCAAAAAGAUUCUGAUUCUGCUGCUAGAAAACGUAAUUCAUUGGUUAAAAUUCAACAAGCUUUAAUAUUAGCCCAAGAAGUCGGAGAUGAAAAACUUCAAAUUAUUCAACAAUUACAAGAUCUCAUCGAAAAUAAAGCUAGACAGUUAGAAUUAGAUUACAGAAACUUAGCUGAUGUUGGUAAAGAUCAAGAUUUGCAAGAUUCAAACAAAGACAGUAAUAUUACUCACAGAGAUUCAGUAUCAUUGUCAAAUAAUAAUAAUAACAAUUCUGUAGGUGAAAGACAAUCAAAAAGAGCUAGGAGAACUAGAACUGAUAUCGGCCCUGGCAGUGAUUUGCCCAUAGGUUUAGAAUCAUUGCCAUUACCUGAACCUGUAACGACUUCACAACAACAAACUUCAUCAUUAAAUUCGAAUUCUGGUAAUUCUCAAAAGAAAACAGGUGCUGCAAAUGCAGGUAAAAAGAAAAAGAGAAAAAGUAGACAGGGAACAUUGCAACAACAACAAUCUCAAUCUCAUCAGCAUCAAAGAGACGAUUCGCCAACUCAUGACGAUGAAAUUCCAAUAGAUCCUGACGAACCGACAUAUUGUUUAUGUGAUCAAAUAUCAUAUGGAGAAAUGAUUAUGUGCGACAAUGAUUUGUGUCCUUACGAGUGGUUUCAUUUCUCAUGUGUUUCGCUCGGUGUAAAACCCAAGGGUAAAUGGUACUGUCCAAAAUGCAGAGGAGAUAGAUCUAGUGUUAUGAAACCAAAGGCACAAUUUAUGAAAGAACUCGAAAGAUAUAAUAAAGAAAAAGAACAAAAAGAAGGUGGUAACCCAUAA